AUGCAGCAAUCACUUGACGAUGCUGAUAAACUAGCAAUAAGGGGUAAACGCAGUAACCCAAACAAAGCUACUCAGGGAGGUCCAUCCUCUAAGGCUGCUGCUUCGAAGAAGAGGAAGUCUGAGAAGGCUGCAACACCUAUUAAGAAAAGUGCAAUGUUAAGAAGGCAACAAGGAAACCAGUCACUCCAUCAACCAGCAAUUCUAAUUACAACCCUUCAGAUCAACCCCGUGAUGACUCCAAUGAUGAUGGGACUGAAUAAGUUCCUUCUGUUGUUGAGGGAGGUCAUUCGCCUCCUCUUUCUCCUACUUAUGAGGUACCAUUCAAUGCUUCGAUUCCAUCUCCUCAAACUUUGGUUCCAGUUACUAUUGCCCCAUGUCGAGCGCCUGUAUCUACUGCUUCACCAUCCCUAUCGCAUCCAGAGCGAUGACAAUGACGACGCUCCUGUGACAAAGCGACAUCUGAAAGAUUUGAAUGAUAAGCUUGAUACCCUUAUUGACUCAUCCUCUACUUUUUCAUCGGCUUAUUCUGAGGCUACUGUUAAAUCCAUUCUAGAAACGGUGCUCCAACGACAUGAAUCUUCGAUUCAGAAUGCGAAAGAUGAUGUUGAUGCUUCGACUAUGUCGAGCAAGAAGGUUGUUGACGCAGUUAAAUCUUUGGUUCAUGAUGCGAGGAUUUUUCUAGAAUCUCUUCAAGGGGCAUCCGAAACUAACUCCAAUAAGGUAAAUGCUACAAUUGAGUCUCUUUCAAAGACUUUUCAGGAUGAACAAGCGAAGUUCGACCAAGUUCGUUCUGGUUUACAAGCCGAUCAAACAUCCUUUCAGUCAUCGGUUGCUUCUCGUCUUGAAAAACUCCAAGAAGAAUUGUCAUUUGAAAAUAGAGUGAUGGAUGAGCUCGACCGUCAGACUACGAUGAUCAAGACUCAGAUUGUUCAUUUGAAUCAAGCACGAAGGGAUAUUGAUGAGCUUAAUCGUAACGCUACUUUGGAGGGUUGUUUCCAUGAACACGAAUCGGUUAUUGACGCCCACAAAGUGCUCAACGCAAUGUUUCUGUUAGGUCAGCUACUGCGCCCACAAGGUUUGACAACCAAAGCAGAAACUCUAUUUGGCAUGUUAUUGAAACAGGUGGAGCUGACCUGUUUACAUCUGUCUUUAGUCAACAUAUUCUCCAGUCCAAAGGCUACAGAAGAAUCUAAGCAGAUUGGUAUUAAAGCAGACUGGCGAGGUCUAAUCAGUUGUGUAUACUCAACCCCUCUCAUCAACCUCUUAGUUUUCAGUGUCGGAGAAGGCUCACCACAGGCCACUGUGAAAGGGUGGCUGUGGGAUGUGCUGUUGCAACCUGUUAAGAGUAAGGGGCCUCUGCUAAAUGAAGACACUAUUGAUCAUAUCAAAACAAUUAUUUCCCAAAAGGGUAGUGAUGCAUGGUGGUAUAUGAAAGUAAAAGAAUUCCUUCCUGAGAAAUAUCGUGAUAAAGCAUCAGAUUAUGUGCAAGGAACUGAUACAAUGGAUGUUUGGUUUGAUUCAGGGGGUAGUGAUGGGAUUGCAAAUACCAAAUCGGUUUGAGUUCUAUUUUGCAUCCAUCUCUGAUUUGAGUUCACCUCUUCAACGACGAAGAAUCCAUCUCUUCAUUUUAAUCCAUCGCAGCUCCCUGUGACACACUUACCAACUCGGUUCACCUCUUUGCUUAGUAAAUAUGUAUUUGCAUAUUUGUUUUUUCUAUUUGUUAGUAUUGAUCAUCUAUUUUUAUUGUGUUUCUUUUUUGAAUCGGUUGUAAGUUACCCUGUCUGAGUACAUAUAAAUAGAAGGAAGAUGUCCCAAUCUGGAUGCCAUCCAGGUGUUUGUUGAAAGUCCCAAGUGAAAUUUUUUGUUAUUUUAGACAUCGUAUAGUAGCUAAGUUCAAU